UGAGCGAGCCGCCGGUCGCCAGUCUGCUCCCGGUCUCCGUGGUAACCGACGUGCGGGAAGUGGAGACGACGGAUAAUACAAGAAAAACAACAACAACAACAACAACAACAACAAGGACGAACUGGACUUAACCUUUUAUUUUUAUUCCUAUGAACUUGACGUCGUUUGGAACUAUAGAAAGAAACAAACCGUGACCGGAGAGGGAUUUGAAACGAACUCCUCCUCGCGACGCUGGGAAGGAAAACAACUUUUCACCUCUUCUUUCUUUCUUCUUCUUCGUUUUCUUCGUCGAGGAAAUAGUUUCUUCUUCUUCUAAUGUUGAAUUGUCAACACAGGCAGGUUCGAGUACAGGUCCCAGUCCCCCGUGUGUGCGGAGCUGCUGUCGGCGGACACCCGACACCCGACCUCCUCCUGGGAGAGUCAGCCCGCAGCUCACGACACAUGGCCCCGCUCCGUCCUGCGGCUGCUCGUCGCUAAGCUCCGGCGGAGCGGGACGACGACGACGACGCUCCUCCGCGCAGCUUUGACGCACAGCGUGCGUAAAUGUGGAGUUUGCAGAAUCCAAUCAGGGGCCGCUGAUAUUCCACAUUAAUGGUAAGUUGCUAAUUGAUUUGUGUCGCCGGUGGAAAUUUUGGAUUAUAGUUGGGACUCAAUUGUCCGGUUGCAAGUCCCCCCCCCCCCCCGGAGAUAACCAGCGGAGCAGCAUGGAUACGGGCGGAGUGCGCGUCCUCCAGCGGUCGUGAGAUGCCGAGGAGCGCCGCCGGUGAUGUGAACCCGAGCCCCGCAGGAUAAUGUCCGCUCUCUAACCCCGCACCCCGCCGGUGGCACCACCAGCAGCAGCAGCAGCAGCAGCAGCAGCAGCAGCAUGAGCAGCACCGACCUGGAGCGCAUGUCGCUCAGCUCCUCGGCCAACUCGGUGGCGUCCAGCGCGCGGACACUGUCGGCCAACGUGCGCAAGCUGCACAACGCGCUCAACCUGCUGCUCGACGACGUGGAGCGCGAGCAGUUCAUCCACUGCCUCAACGUGUACCACUCCAAGCGCAACGUGUACGACCUGGUGCAGACGCUCAACGUCAUCCUCAACGCGCCCGGCAAGCGGCAACUCCUGCCCCUGCUGCGGCUCGUCAUCCCGCGCUCGGACCAGCUGCUCUUCGAGCAGUACACGUCGGAGGGCCUCUACCUGAAGUCGGACGCGGUCGCGAGCAACGGCAGCAGCAGCGCCGGGACCCCGCCGCCGGGCGACUUCCCCGGCGCCAGCCCGACCCCGACUCCCCCUCCCCAUCCUCAUCCUCCUCCUCCGGGGCGCUCGUCGCCCAGCAACCCGGCCGAGUUCCAGGUGGCGCUGCGCGGCUCGCCGGACAGCUUCAGCACCAGCAGCGACGGGACGGCGCCGCUGGUGCCGCUGCUCGGCCGGAACUUCAUCCACGAGCCGCCGGGCGAGCUGCGCCACGUCGCCAUGAAGCGGCACAAGAGCAACGAGGGCCUCGGCUUCAGCAUCCGCGGCGGCUCGGAGCACGGGGUCGGCAUCUACGUGUCGCUGGUGGAGCCCGGCAGCCUGGCGGAGGCGCAGGGGCUGCGCAUCGGCGACCAGAUCAUGAAAGUCAACGACAAAGUCUUCGACAAAGUCACGCACGCGGACGCAGUGAAGGGCUAUAAACUUAUGGAAUCAAGCCCUGGAACUGUACUCUUCAGCCCCUCUGCACCAGUGUUACUGCCGGUGCUGAAGGGCAGUAAAAAACUUUCCCUCUCCGUGCGCUCGGUCGGCCGAAUUCCCGGCGGCUACGUCACCAACCACGUGUACACCUGGGUCGACCCUCAGGGGCGGGGCGUGUCGCCUCCCCCCGACCUGACGGAGCAUCGCAGCGCCACCCUGAAAAGGAGUGAGAGCCAGCGACGCAGCAACAUGCAGCUGCUACAGGAGGGCGACGAGAAGAAGGUCAACUUGGUUCUGGAUGACGGCCGGUCUCUUGGCCUGAUGAUCCGGGGGGGAGCGGAAUAUGCUUUGGGGAUUUACAUCACCGGAGUGGACCAGGGAUCGGCAGCAGCGUGCGGAGGACUCAAGGUGGGCGACCAGAUCCUGGAGGUGAACGGCCGCAGCUUCCUGAGCAUCCCGCACGACGAGGCCGUCCGCGUGCUGAAGUCGUCGCGGCACCUGAUGAUGACGGUGAAGGACGUGGGACGGCUGCCGCACGCCCGGACGGUGGUGGGCGAGACCAAGUGGAUCGCCAGCUCGCAGAUCGCCGAGAGCUCCGCCAACAGCAGCAUGGCGAGCUUCUCAGUCGAACAGGGAGCAUCUGCAGCAGGAAAGCCCGGGUUCUAUAGGGGCGUGGCGGGCUCGCAGGUGACCCUGUCCAGCCUGGUGAACCAGUCGCGGGCCAUGCUGGAGGAGCAGGCGCGCCACCUGCUGACGGAGGCGGAGCGGCAGACCAUGGUGUACUACGUGGAGGAGUACCGGGACGGACACGUCGGCGUGGAGCAGCUGGUCAUGGCGCUGUUCGAGCUGCUCAACACGCACGCAAAGUUCUCUCUGCUGUCCGAGGUGCGAGGCCUGGUGGCGCCGCAGGACCUGGAGUGUUUCGACGCGAUGGUGCUGCGACGGGAAAUCCAGGCGCUGAAGGCGCGGCAGGGCAAAGCCGGGGGCGCCGCGCCGCACCCGGAAACCCUGUCCAUGGUGUCGUACCCGGACACGCUGACCUCCUCGUCGGCCAGCUUCAUGACCAACACCACCCUCAGCUCUGCACGGAACGACGGCGUGGCGGAGAGUAACGGCGAGGAUCGUCCCGACAGUCUGAACCCGCUGCUCACCGACAUCUCCCUGGAUGACGUACAGUCCACCACUGCCGAAUCUCCCCCCUCCUUCAAGCCUCCGCCCCCACCGGGGGCGCCGAGGCGCCCGAGCAGACGGGGUCAGCUCAACAAAUGCCCCUCGUCCGAAUCCUCCCACUCGGGCUUGUACUUCACCGCCCCGCCUUCCAAAAACCAGAGCAGGGCGUCGGGGCACGCCCCCCCGGCCUCGCCCUCGCUCCACCACAAACGGGAGCAUCCCCGGGACCCGGCUCAGGAAUACGCGGCCGUCAGAAAGAGAGAUCUUUCCGUGCCGACCAGGAAAGAGCACACGACGGCCGCUCAGUUGUCCACGGUCGCCCGGCACAUCAUCGGCCCUUUUCCCCGGGUCCAGUCCCCCAGCAGGGGCCCCAAACCCGCUGCCCCUUCCCCUUCACCUCCUCCUCCCCCUCCGCUCCCCGCCCCUCCUCCUCCGCCCCCAUCGCUGCCCCUUAAACCAGUGUCCAUGUCCAAACCGUCCCCCUCCGCCGCCGCCUCCCCUGGCUCUAAACCUCAGUUUGUUACAGUGGAGGUUCACAGGCCCAAUGCGGAGCCUGACGUCAACGAGGUGCGGCCGCUGCCACAAGCGCGAGGUGGCGCCCUGUCUCAGCUGUCAGACAGCGGCCAGACCCUCAGUGAGGACAGUGGCGUGGACAUAGCUGAGUCAGCAGCGCACGUCAGCAAAGACAGCGGCCCCCAUUCCUCACGCACCCGCCUCCCCCGGGACAACCAGGGAGGCGGGGGGGACAACCCCUCCAAACCGCCGGGGCUGCUGGAGCCCACCUCCACUCUGGUGCGGGUGGCGAAGAGCGCCAGCACCCUGGGCAUCGCCAUUGAGGGCGGAGCCAACACCCGUCAGCCGCUGCCACGGAUCGUCACGAUACAGAGAGGCGGGUCGGCUCACAACUGCGGCCAGCUGAGGGUGGGCCAGGUGAUCCUGGAGGUGAACGGGGUUUCCCUGCGGGGCCGCGAGCACAGGGACGCCGCGCGCAUCAUCGCAGAGGCCUUCAAGACCAAAGAGCGGGACCACGUGGACUUCCUGGUGACCGAGUUCAACGUGGCGCUAUAGCCGCGACGGGAGGACCUGGAUCACGAGCGGCGGCGGCGGCGAGUGAGGGGAAGAUAAAGGGCGUGACAUUUCGAACGUCUGUUCAUUUUACAAAUGGCACAACUCUUUUAGAUAAGACGUUAAAAAAACCAACCGCCUCUGAGCCCUUUCUCUUUUCCCAUUAAAUCUGGACUCGUGAUAAUCAAAAUUUCAAAAAAGUUUCCACUGUGAACUUUUCUUCAGGAUCCUCCUCGACACGUUACCUUCCCACUGUGAGACCUCCUGCACUGCGAUGGGAAAUAAUGAAACCUGUGUCUUCUGUUCGUUCUCUCAUUGUUGACAGUAGAACCACCGGAACUUCUUGUAGCGCUCCCUCGUCCCACGGUCUGUGAUUUUUUUUUUAUUGAUUGAUUGAUUUAUUGAUUUAUUGCCUCAAUCUGCGAGACAGCUGCUGAGACAGAGUCACGCUCACCACCAGUUUGUAUAUGUACAAAUGAACAAAUGUAGAUACAGAUGCAUAUAUAUAUAUAUAUAAUGUACACACAAAGAUACUCCUAUAUGAAUUGUAAAAAAAAUCUGUAACCUCUGUUGCAUCAACAUAUAGUAAUAUAUUUCGGAGGUGAUGAUGAUUCAGGCCUAGAGCUUCUGUCCCAUCUGCAUAUUAUCAGGCUGACGAAAACGUUACUCUCAUAUUUUUAUGAUCAGACACAUAUGCUUUACUCGUUCGUCGUCAUAUGGCUUCCACGCAAAUGUGCAUCGCUUCCCGUUUCCCCUUCGCCGUGUUUAGACGUGAGACUGCAGCCACACGACAUUUAAACUUUCCGCAUUGCGUUUUCCAAACGACAGCAAAGUUUUAAAAAAGAGUCUGUCACCUACAGCUCACGUUUCUUUUUUCCCUUCAAUAUUACUCCAAAACAAAUCAGAAAUAUGACAGUUCUCCUGUUUUGUCGAUGCAGUUUUGCUGAACCGUCGUGGUUAGCGCUAACCUCUGACACAAAUACGAUCAGUUCUUUCGCAGUCGAAGAUUCCAUGAGUGAGGGAGUGUCAGAUCAUGCCACUCAACAUGAAAACUACAAAUGUAAAAAGACAACUUAAGAGAGAAAAUGCGAUUGAAUGGCCAAAAAUAGAAACCAAAAAGUUAGGUUAUGGAUUUCCUGAAACUCAAAUUGAAGGAUUAUAACUUUAAUGGCGACACUUUUAAUGCAGUCAUGUUUCCCAGGACACACUAAAACACGACAGGCUGUCGGGCUCAGAUUGAUUCACGUGUCAGAGACGCCGGAUCAAAGAUAUGUCGUCUUCACAUUCGCCCGGUUUACGUGGGAGACGCUGGCAGAGGAGAUAAAACUGCCUCACAUUCUCCCUCCACGUUUCUCCCUGCUGCUCCCCCUGCUGAAUAACAAUCCAUGAUUCUGUUUUGUAAUUUCAUAGUUUUAAUUAUGUUCACCCGGAGGGGGGAGGAGGAGGAGGAGGAGGAGGAGGAGGGGGGAGGGGCAUGAAGCCAUGCUCGGUGUAGCAAUUACGCCCCGAUGAGGGAGUGAUGAGACACUAAGAGGACGACACUCCAAAGAGUUUAGAGACACACGCUCACACAUGGAACAUGCGUGUGCACACACACACACACACACACACGUUUAUCAAAAAGUAAUUAGGAGAUAAGCAAUCGGGUAGAGGGAGAGAUGGAGAGAGAGAGAGGAAGACGGAAGAAAGAAAUGAGAAGUGACUGUUGUUGUUGUGGAGAUGAUUUGUUGUGGAGGUGUGUGUGUGUGUGUGUGUGUGUGUGUGUGUGUGUGUGUUUUAACGGAUGAAAGAGUACGUUCACAAGACGGAGACGGCAAAUAAAAACAAGUGUCAGGUUGUGGAGCUGCUGUUGUGACACACGGGGACGAGAGGCGGCGGAGGGCGAGUCGGGGCGUCGUGACGAACGCCAACAGGGCAAACAGCUGUGAGAAACUGCCGUCACACUCUGCGGCCUUUUGUGAACUCAACCAAGAGAAGAGGGCAACUUUUUUUUACUCGUGCUUUGUUUUUUUUACACCUUCAAAAUGUCACCCUUUAGUGAAUAGAUACAAAAAUACAAUGUGAGGCAGGGAUGCACUGGUAGGGGUCUUUAAAGUUCACACCAGUGUGUCUACUGUACACGUACGGUAAAGCCCAAUUAUGAUCUCCAGAUUCUUUUAAAGAGAAUCUAUAUUUUCUCAACGGGCAAAAAUCAGAUCUCGUGGUGUUUCUGUCGAAAGGCCGUGUUCAGUUCUCUCGCCAAUUUAACAAGUACGAACAGUAAAAAACAGAUUUUAUUUUUAAGCUGUGUGGAUGUUGGCCACGAUAAGGUGCAUAUACACAAAUCAUUCAUUCUUUGAUUCCAUUUGAUUCCUCUUUCUGUCAAAGUAUCAACUCACCCUCCUUCGAGCUCCGCUUUGGUCUCCACCGACUUCUUCAGCCGCUCCACGUUCAACUGUUGUUGUUGUUGUUGUUGUUGUUGUUGUUGGUUUUUCACCAGCUGGCUUCACAUGCCCUGUUGUUUUUUUUCUGAGCAGGAAGGGACCCGCGGGUUCUUCAGAGCUUGUUUUAAUGAACACAGCCGCCUGCUGCUGCUGCUGCUGGCGAUGGGCUUGAUGAGCGGACUGAGACUCUCUCACUCACACACACACACACACACACACACACACACAGAUGGUGAAGAAAGAGGAGCGUCCUCUCUUACCACCUGAUGAUGAAGACAUCAUUAUAAAACUAAUCAGGUGCGAGCAGGUUUUUAAAAGGACAUGGGACAAAAUGCCCAAAACACUCCCGUGGUUAAUUAAGAGAUUAAGUUUUGAACCGUCAAACCAGCAAUAGUGGAUUUGGAAAUAAAUGCGCCGCGCGGCUACUUUUCAGAAAGCGAGCCCCUGCCCGUCUGUUCAGACACGAUGCGAAGACACAUUUCAGCUUGAACACGUUCCAACUUGAGCUGAAGCUUUGUUUGUGUCCCAGGGCUCUGUGCAUCUUUCAUAAACAUGCAACGACAGAAAGGGGAAGGGGAGCGAGAGACUGGAGGGAAAUAUCACAUCAGCUUGAGGCUCAAACACAGAGGAACGUCGUCAGGCGGCGAACAUGCAUUUGUCUCAGCACCUUGAACUUAGUGUUGACCUGUAACAACAACAACUCAUGAUGAUAACAGUCAAACAGACGCGGCUUUAAUCAGGAUCUAUUAACAAGUGACUUCCAUUAGUCGAGUCAACAGGCGCAGCCCGUCGAUGGGAACGCUCUCGUUUAUGCAAAUAAGGUCUGUCCUAUUUCAAAAGGUUUUUAAAAUCCCAUCCAUUAAUAUGAAAAAAAAACUGUUUGCAUAUUCAGCACAUGUUGCAAAACGAUAAGUGGAAAACAAUGUGCUCACGGCAACGGACAAACUUGAAAUUCAAGAUGCAUCAGUGUGUGUGUGUCAGUGUGUGAGAGACAGAUGAUAGAUUUGUUGACGGAGACAUGAAGGCAGAGUUCGUCCUCUCAGUGGAAUUACUCUGUUAAACAAGCUCAAGAAUCAGUCACAAAGGCUUUUGUUCUCUGACUUCAGCAUUUGAACAUCACACAUGACACCUUCCUCCAGAGAGGAGACUGUCAAUCGUGUUGUCUAAAUGUGAUCUGGAUUAGAUUUCUUUCAUAUGAAGUAAAGGAUGAAAGACUUUUUUUUUAAUAAACUUUUGGAUUUAGUGGCACAGAUUCUUUUGUGAGAUGAAUUCAAUGUUGGUCUUUUUAUGGGAUUGUUGACAAAAUAAAUAUGACAAAACAAGUCAAAUAUUCCAAAUGUUAAAGUGGUUUUGGAUGGUAAUAAAAAGAGUCAGAGCCCUCAUAAGUCUCAAAACAAAUCAGAUUUCCCGUGUAUGAAAAUAUGAGAUCUUGAAGACGACUUUCUCAGAACUGCUAAAAAACAACAGUAAAAAAGUUACAGCUACAAUUUAAUUUUUUAACUCUUCUUAUCC